GGCCAAUUAAUUUCAAUGCUCAAAUGCCAAUACCUCCUCCCCAAAACAAACCAACUUCUUCCUCCCAACUAAAAGGCCACAGCCUCUCAACUCCCAGGUCUCAACCCAACCCCACUUUCCCUGGUCUACCUCCAAUUACUCCUCUCUCUCUCUCUCUCUCUCUCUCAGGUCGACUUACCUCUUUAUCUCGACUCUCUCCAACUCUCGUCCUCCUUACCCCACAACCCGUUCUACCAAAGAAGCUCCCCUGUUCUCUUUCCCUCCAUCGUCAAAAUCUCUCUGUUUUGCCUACCAAAAUCCAAUCCUUCUCUCCUCAAAGAGACCACGGAGACCCAUACUUCCCUUAUCCAACCAAAAGGAGUCAUCUUGCCCUUCUUUCACCUCACUCCGCCUCUCCCCUGUCUCGCUCGCCCAUAAAAAUCCCACCUUUUUGCGUCGAAAUCAAUGUCUUCCAGCAGAAGAACGUUCGUGGUGCGGCAUCCAGUGGUGGUCGAUAUCGGCUGCAGCUGCCGGCGGCCAAAGCUGUCGUCUUUCUUCUCCUCCUCGCUGCCAAAAUUCCGGCUCCCCAAAUCCCCUGACCCCUUCUCCUCUUCCACCACUACCACCACCACCAUCUCCACCAACUCCCUCUGGGACACCAGCCUCACGGCCACCACCGCCUCCUCCCCCAUGACGUCGUCGCCGUCGCUGCCGACGUACUCUGCCGCCGAGAGCCUGAAGCGGCGGUCGAAGAAGAAGACGGUGAAGGCACGGAAGAAGGGUGUGGUGGAGGAGAGCGUGGCGGUGGUGAAGGAGUCGUCGGACCCGUAUAUCGACUUCCGGGACUCGAUGCUUCAGAUGAUCGUAGAGAUGGAGAUCUACGCGUGGGACGACCUCCGCGACCUCCUCCACCGCUUCCUCGCCCUCAACUCCCCCUCACAUCACCACCUCAUCCUCCAAGCCUUCACCGAGAUCUGGACCGGCGUCUUCUCCGCCCCACCAUCCUCCUCCUCCUCCGCCGCCGCCGCCUCCAGCCGCCGGCGGCGGUGACCGCACGCCCCCCACCCGCCCGCGCCUCCCGGCGUGUGACUCGGUCGCGUGAGGAGGCAAAAGAGGCAAAAACAAAAAAAGAAAGAGAGAGGUGAGAUCCUGCCACCACCUGGUGCCACGUGGACCGGAGCCCGGUGGCCCCGGAUGUGGCCUAUGGGGUAAUCUCACUAGGUGGUGUUAGGAUCUUGAAUCAGAUGUGCUGUGUGCGUGUGCCUGUGUGUGUUUUUUAACAAAAAAAAGAAAAAAAAGAAGCUAAUGUUAAGUCCUGAAGUUAUUAUAGAUAGGAGUUAUUGAAUGCUAGGUUUCUUUGAACGUUAGGACUGUGAGGGUCAUGAUGGGACGAGGGGGGAGGGCGUGUUGGUGGUGUGUUUUGAUGGGUGAGGUUUUAAUGAGAUGCUGUGGAGUUGGAAGUGUGGAUGAGUUCUUUUUCCUUCUUGUGCAACUUCCAACACUCACAUUUACUACAGUGUUUUGCUUUCUAUAUGACAAGCUAUCUAUGGUUGGGUUUUUAAUGUAUGAGACGUGGUUUCACGAUAUCUUUCAAUGGAUCUA